AUGCAGAAGUCAAUACGGCUGGUGAGGACAAGCUUCAACUCUGGCGUGAAACCAUGUCAAAGGAGGACAGUCACGAUAGCGGCGAGGAUUCCACGUCUUGAAACCCCCAGAGAAGACGAGCCCAGAAGGUUAAGUCCGGCGCGAUGCAAGUCCAGCGCCUCGAACGACACCGGCUCAACGUCAUCCACCAGAGGUACUACAGAUAACCUGCCGCUAUCAGGGCUGCGCGUACUAGACCUCUCGCGGGUGCUGGCAGGGCCAUUCUGUACCCAGAUCCUGGCAGACUACGGGGCGGAAGUGGUGAAGGUCGAGCAGCCGGGCGUCGGGGACGAGACGCGGCAGUGGCGUGCCGCGAACGAGGCGCAAAUGUGGAAGAACGAGUACCCGCUUAUGAGCCUGUACUUUGCGGCGAUCAAUCGGAACAAGAGAUCCGUCACGCUUAACCUGAAGACUCCUCAAGGUGUCGAGAUUGUGAAGCAUCUUGCGAGGCAGAGCGAUGUUGUGGUGAAUAAUUUCGUGCCGGGGAAGAUGGAGGCCAUGGGGCUAGGGUAUGAGGCUUUAAGAAAGGAGAAUGAGCGGUUGGUCUAUGCGAGUGUUAGUGGGUAUGGCUCUUCCGGGCCGAGUAAGGAUCGUGCUGGGUACGAUGCCCUUGCUCUGGCUGAAGCUGGUUUGUUGCAUAUCACCGGGGAAGAGGGUCGGUUACCGUCAAAGCCUGGGGUCGCUAUGGCGGAUCUCUGCACUGGGCUGUAUGCACAUGGAGCGAUUCUAGCUGCACUGGCGCAGAGAGAGCGCACGGGAUUAGGGACCAACGUCGAGGGAAGUCUGUUUGAAAGCUCGCUGAGUCUGUUGAUCAAUGUUGGGUUGGCCAGUAUGAAUCUUGACCGGAACAACGGGCCAGAAGCAAGGAGGCGCGGUAAGAGGAUGGGAUUAGAACAUCCAAACUUGGUACCUUAUGGUGGCUUCGAGACAAAAGACAAGAAGAUGGUGUAUGUUGCGGCCAACAACAGAAGACAGUGGGAUGGUUUUUGUAAUCGAUUACAGGUUGAGGGACUUGGACAGAAUGAACGAUUCCAUUCUAAUGACGACAGGGUUGCAAAUCGAGAAGAGAUCAACGGUAUCUUGCAGAAACGAUUCAAAGAGAAAACAAAAGAUGAGUGGAUGCAGGCUUUCGAGGGCAGUGGCUUGCCAUAUGGAGCCAUCAAUGACGUGGUCGAGGCAGUCGAACAUCCCCAAGCACAGGCAAGGAAUAUGAUCAUGGAGGUUGAUGAUUUCGAAGCUGCAAAAGAUGGCGUCCUGAGAUUGAUUGGACCAGCAAUGAAAUUCCAAGAUGCCAAUAUGAGUGUCCGAAUGAAGCCACCACUGUUAGGAGAGCACACCAACGAAGUGCUCUCAGACCUGGGAUAUACUGUUUCAGAUAUCACCAGCCUUCGAAAAUCCGGAAUUAUAUAA